UUUUCGUUCAUUUCAAUUUCGUCCGUCAAUGGAGAAGGUCUGUUUCUGUGCUUUCGGAAUUUCUUCCGUGUAAAAUUUAACAAGAUGGCCAUUAGCUGGCUGUACUCCAGAUAAAUCUUUUCACAUCCAUAUCAAAACGAUGAACAAUUUUGGGAAUAAGAACGAAAGGUGAAUUGAUACAAAAUGUAUUUAUACAAUUUGACCUUACAAAAAAGCACUGGCAUUACACAUGCCGUGCAUGGAAACUUCUCUGGUGGAAAGCAGCAGGAGGUAAUACUUUCACGUGGCAAAUCACUUGAGUUAGUACGUCCAGAUUCAAAUACGGGCAAAGUGCACACUGUUUUGUCCGUGGAGGUCUUUGGGUGCAUACGUGCUUUGAUGUCUUUCAGACUGACUGGUGGCACUAAGGAUUAUAUAGUCGUUGGCUCUGAUUCUGGUCGUAUUGUGAUUCUUGAGUACAAUCCAACCAAAAAUUCUCUUGAAAAAGUCCAUCAAGAAACAUUUGGCAAAUCAGGCUGUCGACGAAUUGUACCAGGCCAAUAUUUUGCCAUCGAUCCUAAAGGCCGUGCAGUAAUGAUUGGUGCUGUUGAGAAACAAAAGUUGGCUUACAUACUUAAUCGUGACACACAGGCGCGUCUCACAAUAUCUUCUCCUUUAGAAGCACAUAAAUCCAAUACGCUCACUUAUCAUAUGGUUGGAGUUGAUGUCGGUUUUGAUAACCCAUUAUUCGCAUGUUUGGAAAUCGAUUACGAAGAAGCAGAUAAUGAUCCAACAGGCGAAGCUGCACAACGCACGCAACAAACAUUGACAUUCUAUGAACUAGAUCUCGGUCUCAAUCACGUGGUGCGCAAGUAUUCGGAACCACUUGAGGAACAUGCAAACUUUUUGAUUUCUGUACCUGGAGGCAAUGAUGGUCCCUCUGGUGUUUUGAUUUGCUCAGAAAAUUAUCUUACAUAUAAAAAUUUGGGUGAUCAGCAUGAUAUUCGUUGUCCCAUACCACGUCGUCGUAACGAUUUGGAUGAUCCUGAUCGUGGCAUGAUAUUCAUUUGUUCGGCCACACAUCGCACAAAGAGCAUGUAUUUCUUCUUGGUACAGACCGAACAGGGUGACAUAUUUAAAGUUACGCUUGAGACAGAUGACGAUGUUGUAUCUGAGAUCAAACUCAAAUAUUUUGAUACGGUACCACCCGCUAUUUCAAUGUGUGUUUUGAAGACGGGUUUCCUCUUUGUAGCAUGUGAAUUUGGCAACCAUUAUCUCUAUCAAAUUGCGCAUCUCGGCGAUGAUGACGACGAGCCAGAAUUCAGCUCGGCUAUGCCACUCGAAGAAGGCGAAACUUUCUUUUUUGCCCCACGACCCCUUAAAAAUCUCGUUAUGGUCGAUGAAAUGCCUUCUUUUGCUCCUAUAAUUUCAUCGCAAGUUGCCGAUUUGGCCAACGAGGAUACGCCACAACUUUAUGUGCUAUGCGGCAGAGGUCCACGCUCAUCGUUGCGUGUCUUGCGACAUGGCUUAGAAGUUAGUGAAAUGGCUGUAUCGGAAUUGCCGGGCAAUCCUAACGCUGUAUGGACUGUUAAGAAACGUAUUGACGACGAAUUUGACGCUUAUAUCAUAGUCUCAUUUGUGAAUGCUACAUUGGUUUUGAGCAUUGGGGAGACCGUGGAGGAAGUAACAGAUAGCGGUUUCCUUGGUACCACUCCAACUUUGAGCUGUUCCUCUUUGGGUGAUGAUGCGUUGGUUCAAGUAUAUCCCGAUGGUAUUCGUCAUAUACGCUCCGAUAAGCGUGUGAAUGAAUGGAAAGCCCCUGGCAAGAAAUCAAUUACAAAAUGUGCGGUAAAUCAGCGCCAAGUAGUGAUCACGCUUUCGGGAAGAGAACUCGUUUACUUCGAAAUGGAUGCGACUGGUGAACUCAACGAAUAUACUGAGCGAUCAGAAAUGCCCAACGAAAUCAUGUGCAUGGCACUCGGACAAGUGCCAGAGGGCGAGCAGCGGUCAUGGUUUUUGGCUGUUGGUUUGGCUGACAACACUGUACGCAUUAUCUCGCUGGAUCCAAAUGAUUGUCUUUCACCCUGUUCAAUGCAAGCUUUGCCAUCACCUGCCGAAUCGCUUUGCAUUGUCGAAAUGGGACACACGGAGAGCACAACGAGUGCCGCAAAUGAGGAGCCAGGCGAACGCAAUACCAAUACCUCAACAAAGGGUACAAUUUAUCUUAAUAUUGGUCUUAGCAAUGGUGUGCUGUUGCGUACUGUCUUAGAUCCAGUAUCUGGCGACUUGGUCGAUUCCCGUACACGUUAUCUUGGCUCACGUCCCGUGAAGCUCUUUCGCAUACGUAUGCAAGGCUCUGAAGCCGUACUUGCAAUGUCUAGUCGCACUUGGCUUUCAUACUAUCAUCAGAAUCGUUUCCAUCUAACACCCUUAUCAUAUGAAACGCUGGAAUACGCUUCGGGAUUCUCUAGUGAACAGUGUAGUGAAGGUAUCGUCGCCAUCUCAACGAAUACGUUGCGUAUUUUGGCCUUGGAAAAAUUGGGUGCAGUAUUUAACCAGGUUUCUUUCCCUCUCGAAUACACGCCACGCGCUUUUGCUAUUCACCCAGAUACCGGACGCAUGAUUAUUGCUGAGACUGAUCACAAUGCUUACACAGAUGAGACAAAGAAUGCACGUAAACAGCAAAUGGCAGAAGAAAUGCGCAUGGCCGCCGGUGAUGAGGAACGCGAGUUGGCCAACGAGAUGGCAAAUGCAUUUAUUAGCGAAGUUUUGCCUGAGGAAACUUUUUCGUCACCCAAGGCGGGUCUGGGUUUGUGGGCCUCGCAAAUACGUGGUUUGGAUCCUAUUCAUGGUCAAACGUUAUUCAAAAUCCCACUUGUCCAAAAUGAAUCAAUCAUGUCCAUGUGCGUUCUCAAGUUUAAUAUCGCCGCCGAUGGUCGCUAUUAUUUGGUAGUUGGUGUGGCGAAAGAAUUGCAGUUGAAUCCACGCAUAACAAACGGUGGUUGCAUUGACGUUUACAAGAUCGAUCCUACCUGCUCUAAUUUAGAGUUUAUGCAUCGCACUGAAAUCGAAGAAAUACCUGGAGCUUUGGCAGGUUUUCAAGGUCGAUUAUUGGCUGGCUGUGGUCGUAUUUUGCGUAUCUACGAUUUGGGAAAGAAGAAGAUGCUGCGAAAAUGUGAGAAUAAACACAUUCCAUACCAGAUUGUUAAUAUACAAGCUAUGGGACAUCGUGUUUAUGUGUCCGAUGUGCAGGAAUCUGUAUUCUUUGUACGUUAUAAACGCGCUGAAAAUCAGCUUAUAAUAUUCGCUGACGAUACACAUCCACGCUGGGUGACCGCCACCACAUUGCUGGACUACGAUACCAUUGCAAUCGCUGAUAAAUUCGGCAACAUGAGUAUACAGCGGCUACCACACUCUGUGACUGAUGACGUAGACGAAGAUCCAACCGGCACUAAAUCGCUGUGGGACCGUGGAUUACUCUCGGGUGCCUCACAAAAGUCUGAGAACAUUUCCUCAUUCCAUGUGGGUGAAGUCAUUAUGUCACUGCAGAAGGCAACUUUAAUACCUGGUGGCUCCGAAGCAUUAAUUUAUGCGACUCUCAGCGGAACUGUGGGUGCUUUUGUGCCUUUUACUAGUCGCGAAGACUUCGACUUCUUUCAACAUUUGGAGAUGCAUAUGCGCAAUGAAAAUCCGCCAUUAUGUGGGCGCGAUCAUUUAAGCUACCGAAGUUCAUACUAUACUGUAAAAAAUGUGCUGGAUGGCGAUUUGUGCGAGCAGUACUUGUCCAUUGAUCCGGCUAAGCAGAAAACCAUCGCAAGCGAUAUGUUCCGCACGCCCAAUCAGAUAUGCAAAAAGCUGGAAGAUAUACGCACGCGCUACGCUUUCUAAGGUGUUUGAUGGUGAGCGCUGCUGACUUGUAAAUCCAGAAGCCUAUCAUUAAUAAUUUAGUUAGCGUUAAGUGUAUACCCUAUGGAAGAUCAUCCCUCAUGCAUACUUUAAUUGGCGUUUAUUAGUUUAAUUGGCUCUAAUUUAAUUUAUAAAUUUAAGGAAGCAGUUGAGUUCGUUAAAAGAUCUCAACAGCAAUUGUAUAUUUUUAUUGAAAAAAACAACCACUCAUGACUGCCCAUUUCAAGAUAAAUAUUUCAAACCGUAUGGUUAUUAGAUAUUAAUUAAGCUACUUUCUAUAACUAUUGUAGUUACGCAUUUAGAUUUACUUCGAUUAGUCAGCAUUUGUAGUAUUGAAGUGACUGAACAAACCUAAAAUUAAUUAUUAAAGGUAAAUAAAUAAAAAGAUAAAACU